UGGCGCUGUCCAUGUAGCAAAUACCAUAAAAGAAAAUGAAACUAUUCUAAGGAGACGAAAUAUAGAGGAUUUAUCUUAUUCUGAUGAAACUCAAAGAUAUCAAGAAGUUGAACCAUUGUCCAAUUUUGUGACUCAAGAUGAUAAGGAAAUUGAAAUCGUUCAAAAGUUGCUUGAAGCAAGUGAAAAUAUGCAGAAAAAAUGUUGGGCGACUGUUUCUCCUGUCAGACAGUUCAUCACACGAAUUUUGUCACCACCGUUUCGAAUAGCAAAAGAUUAUUAUGCAAUGAUGUUUUUCUGCGAUUUCAUUAACUUUUUUACUGUUUGGUUUGGUUACAGUUCAUUUGGAACUAGUCCUGGUGUUGGUGAUAUUACAACAUAUUUACAAGAAAAUCGAGUUCCAAUGCCUUUUCUAUUCAUGCUACUUUUCCAAUUUGGUUUAAUCAUCAUUGAUCGUGGUCUUUACCUCCGAAAAGAUGUCAAAAAGAGAUUGAUAUUCCAUAUUGUUAUUUCUUUUGCAAUGCACAUUUUCCUAUUCAUAGCUUUACCCGCUAUGACUGGUCGAUCCUUUACAGACCCAGACAAUAAUGCACCUAAACUGUGGUACAUUUUUAAAUCAAUUUAUCUUCUUCUAUCUGCCUGGCAAAUUAAAAGUGGUUACCCGACUCGAAUUCUGGGUAAUUGUUUCACCAAAAAGUACACAUUCGUAAAUUCGACCCUCUUCAUGCUUUACAUGUUGGUACCUUUUCUUUAUGAUAUGCGUUUAAUGAUGGACUGGAUGUGGACUGAUACCAGUACUAAUUCAACAGCAGCUUGGGCUAUGGGUCCACCAAGUCAAAGAUCUUUGAUUGAAUCUGAUAUGCCCAUUCUUGUUAAAAUUACCUACUCAAUAUCACGAAAUUCAAAGUCAAAUACUUAAAACUUAAAUCCCAGU